GCUGCCACAACAAAGAUGGCUGAGGUGGAGGUGCUGUCUCGUGGGUAUCUUCAAAGCUUUGCCCAUGCCCUGGGUGCACCAGAACCUGCGCUCAGACUCCUCAUAUCAAUACUGAUAGGUUACCCAUUAAUGCUAAUUCAUCGGUACACCUUGUACUGCAAGCGUCCUUGGAUGCAACACCUGUAUUUCAUUACAACUGGAGUUAGCAUUGCUCUUUUUAACUAUGGUGAGAAUGUAAUGCACUCAGCUGUGUGUGUUAUAGUGACAUGGCUUUUACUUCAGUUUAUAAGUGGCACUCUCAAGUCUGUCAUUAUUUCUUUCAUCUUCCAGAUGACAUAUCUUCUUGUUGGUUACUACAUGACAGGAACAGACACAUACGACAUCAAAUGGAGUAUGCCUCACUGUGUGCUGACUUUACGACUCAUUGCACUCACUUACGAUGUAUAUGAUGGAAGGAAAGAUCCUGAAAAAUUAUCAAAUGACCAACAGAAAACGGCCUUACCAUAUACACCAACAUUAGUAGAAAUUGCAGCUCACACAUACUUCCCAGCAUCUUUUAUGGUUGGCCCACAGUUCUCGAUGCGACGGUACCUCGAUUUUGUCAAGGGGACGUUAGUUGGAUGUGAACUUCCACCAUGUUUGGUGCCCGGCCUUCUUCGUGGUGGAUCAGGUCUAGUUUAUCUUGUUGUCUAUCAAGUGGGAAUCAGCUGGCUACCUGAUACAUUCCUCUCUUCACAAGAAUAUUAUGAUAUGCCAGUGUGGCAGCGUCAUGUGAUGGUGGGACUCUGGGCUAAGAUUACUCUCUACAAAUACAUUUCCUGCUGGUUAAUUGCUGAAGGAGUUUGCAUUGUAUCAGGACUGGCUUUCAAUGGCCGGAAUUCAGCUGGAGAUAUGCUGUGGGAUGGCUGUAGAAACGUUAAUAUCCUCCUCUGGGAAGGGUCUACCCAAUUUGGCCAUCUCAUUCAAUCCUUCAAUACAAACACCAAUGCCUGGGUAGCUCAAUACGUCUAUAAGAGAUUGCGAUUCCUGAAUAACCGCUACAUCUCUCAAAUUCUGGCACUAAUAUUCCUGGCAGUAUGGCAUGGUCUGCAUUCUGGAUAUUAUGCCUGCUUCUUCAUGGAGUUUGUCAUCAUGAAUUUUGAAAGGGAUAUUGCCAGUUAUGUGAGUCAGUAUCCACGAAUCAUCUCGUUACUCAAUGCUGGUCCAUUAAAGUACAUCAAAUUUGUUGUCUUGAAGUUAUAUGUUAUCAUUUUCAUGGGCUACUCUUUAGGACCUUUUGCUUUGCUCAAACUACACAGGUGGUGGAACUUGUACGUUUCGUUGUACUUCUCAGGACAUGUGGUGUUUGCUUGUUGGCCUCUUUAUGCUCCUGUAGUUAAAGCAUUAAUAAAAACCAUUGGUGGGGAGAGAGUGAAAGUUGAUAAAGGUAAACAAAAUUAGCUACAAUGAUUAUGCAAAUAAAAAAAUCCAUGGGAAAAACUUUAUCUGUUAGUAGCCGUUUUGAGGUAGGAGAGUUAACAUGCAUCUUAAAGGCAUUUUAAGAGCUGGGACAAAAUAUUUGUAAAAACUGUGUGUGUGUGUGUGUGU